GUAACACUUGAGCUUCUUUGUUACUCAACAAUCUGCGAUUUUUUUCGUCAGGAAACUCUGUCAAUCCAAUCCCGCCCUUAUGGGCACAUAGAGUUUCUUUGAUCAGAACAACCCCUUCGAGUCCGAGUUCCAUCUCAAUCGUAGCCAGCAAGCAUGGCCUCAACCAACCCCACCACGAUUAGCAUUUUGGGAAAAGAAGAUAUCGUGGUAGAUUUCGACAUUUGGCGGAAUUAUGUCGCCCAAGACCUCUUGGCCAAUCUCCCUUCCUCGACCUACGUUUUGAUCACAGACACGAAUAUCUCUCCGAUUUACGUUCCUGCCUUCCAGCAGCAGUUUGAGAGCAUCGCAAGCAAGUCCGAUGCGCUUCCACGGCUUCUCACUUACGAAAUUCCACCCGGCGAGAAUUCCAAAGGUCGAGAAACCAAAGCAGAUAUUGAAGAUUGGAUGCUGUCGCAGCAAUGUACCAGAGACACCGUUAUAAUCGCGUUGGGGGGAGGGGUCAUUGGGGAUAUGAUUGGGUAUGUGGCAGCAACUUUCAUGAGGGGGGUUCGCUUUGUGCAAGUGCCAACAACUCUACUGGCCAUGGUAGAUUCUUCAAUCGGAGGGAAGACUGCAAUUGAUACACCAAUGGGCAAGAACCUCAUUGGGGCUUUUUGGCAACCACAGAGGAUAUACAUCGACUUGCGAUUCCUCGAGACCUUACCCGUUCGCGAGUUUAUCAAUGGAAUGGCAGAAGUAGUUAAGACCGCGGCCAUCUGGAAUGAAAAAGAAUUCGCGGCAUUGGAGUCAAAUGCGGAGCUUAUUAUGGCUACAAUUCGUGCCAAACCUUCAGGGAAAUGUGCCAGACUCGAUCCAAUCCGAGAUAUUUUAAAGAGAAUUGUUUUGGGCUCAGCAGCUAUCAAGGCAGAGGUAGUCACAAAAGAUGAACGGGAAGGUGGGCUGAGAAAUCUUUUGAAUUUUGGUCAUUCAAUUGGUCAUGCCUUUGAAGCAAUUUUGACACCACAAGUCCUCCAUGGAGAGGCCGUGGCAAUUGGUAUGGUAAAAGAGGCCGAAUUGGCUCGACACCUGGGCAAACUCAAACCUGGAGCCGUGGCACGUCUUGUCAAAUGUAUUGCCAGUUAUGGGCUACCCACUUCGCUCCAGGACAAGCGGAUCCAAAAGCUUACUGCUGGAAAGGGAUGCCCAGUAGAUGUGCUAUUACAAAAGAUGGCUGUUGACAAGAAAAACGACGGGAAAAAGAAGAAGAUCGUUCUUUUGUCUGCUAUUGGAGAAACCUUUGAGCCGAAAGCAAGUGUUGUGGAGGAUCGUGCAAUCCGAAUUGUUCUGUCAGAUUCUAUCAUUGUGGCACCAGGAAUUCCAAAGUCACUCAACCAUGAGGUCACUCCUCCUGGAUCCAAAAGUGUCUCCAACCGUGCAUUGGUUAUGGCGGCACUUGGAACUGGUCCAUGCAAAAUCAAGAACUUGCUUCAUUCAGAUGACACUGAAUUCAUGCUUUCGGCUGUUGCAAAACUCGGAGGGGCUACUUAUGAGUGGCAAGAUGCAGGUGAGGUAUUGCUUGUAAAAGGAAAAGGUGGGGAUCUCACUGCCAGCUCUGAAGAAAUCUACAUCGGGAAUGCUGGAACCGCAUCUCGAUUUUUGACGACCGUUCUUUCACUAUGCAAACCCUCAACCGCUUCUUCAACCAUUUUGACAGGAAACGCCCGUAUGAAGGUCAGACCAAUUGGACCAUUAGUAGACUCUCUUCGCGCCAACGGCGUAGGAAUUGACUAUGUGGAAAAGGAGAACAGCCUUCCUGUCAAGGUUCAAGCUUCUGGAGGAUUUGAAGGUGGUGAGAUUGAGCUUGCUGCUACUGUCUCUUCACAGUAUGUCUCCUCAAUUCUUAUGUGCGCACCAUAUGCCAAGAAACCCGUCACAUUACGCCUUGUGGGGGGAAAGCCAAUUUCUCAGCUUUAUAUUGAUAUGACCACGGCAAUGAUGGCCACAUUUGGUGUGUACGUUGUUCAGUCCAAGACUGAAGAACAUACGUAUCACAUUCCCCAGGGCGUUUACAAAAACCCUGAAGAGUAUGUGGUCGAAAGCGAUGCAAGCUCGGCAACCUACCCGCUUGCAUUGGCAGCCAUUUCAGGAACCACUUGCACCAUUCCAAACAUUGGAUCCAAGUCGCUACAAGGAGAUGCCCGUUUUGCGGUGGACGUCCUUCGUCCCAUGGGAUGUUCCGUAGAGCAAACUGAUAAGUCUACAACAGUGACUGGACCACCGCCUGGACAACUGAAGGCAAUUGAAGAGGUUGACAUGGAACCCAUGACCGAUGCCUUCUUAACAGCGUCUGUUUUAACCGCUGUUGCAAAAGGCACAACCAGAAUCAGAGGUAUUGCAAAUCAACGUGUUAAAGAAUGCAACCGAAUUUUGGCAAUGAAAGAUCAGCUUGCAAAGUUUGGCGUUGUAUGCCGAGAAUUGGAAGACGGGAUUGAGAUUGACGGAAAGCUUAUAGACACAUUGGAUAGCCCCGGCCCUGAAGGUGUAUACUCUUACGAUGAUCACCGUGUGGCUAUGAGUUUCAGUGUACUCGCAGCUGCAGCCCCAAAACCCGUGCUAAUUCAGGAGAGGGAAUGUACAGGCAAGACAUGGCCCGGUUGGUGGGAUAUUCUUUCCCAGUCAUUCAAGGUCAGUCUCUCUGGCAAAGAAGUGGCAGGUGCUCAUGAAAAGCACACGAAUGGAAACGCUUUAUCAGAUAAAUCUAUAUUCAUUGUCGGCAUGCGAGGUGCUGGUAAAACCACUGCUGGUGGCUGGGCUGGCAGUCUUCUGGGUCGACCACAUAUUGAUCUAGACAUUGAGCUUGAACGAACGCUCGGCAUGACAAUUCCAGAAUUGAUCAAGAGCAAGGGUUGGGAGGCGUUUAGAGAAGCGGAGCUUUCUCUGUUAAAUCAGGUACUCAAGGAGAAGCCCAAAAAUUAUGUGUUUGCAUGUGGUGGUGGCGUGGUUGAGAUACCUGAAGCUCGCCAGAUGCUUUCAAACUACCACAAAUCUGGUGGAAUUGUUCUCUUGGUACAUAGAGAUACUGAACAAGUCAUGGAGUACCUGAAAAUCGACAAGACAAGACCCGCUUAUGUCGAGGAUAUGAUGGGAGUUUAUCUGCGUCGAAAACCUUGGUUUCAAGAGUGCAGUAAUUUCCAAUACCACAGCAAAGGAGGAGAAGCUGGUGCCUUAUCGAUCGCGCAAGAAGACUUCGGUAGAUUCCUGUCACUCAUAUCUGGUCAGAGCAGUCACUUCGAAGAGAUUCGGAAGAAGGAACAUUCUUUCUUUGUAUCCUUGACUAUGCCAGAUAUCUCGUCCGCGGUUGGCUUAUUACCCAUCGUUGCGGUGGGUUCGGAUGCAGUUGAAGUACGAGUCGAUCUCCUCGAGGACCCUGGUUCAUCAAACGGCAUUCCUACGAUUGAUUUUCUGAGUGUCCAAAUCGCGCUACUGCGAUCCGUCAUUGCACUUCCGUUAAUCUUUACUGUUCGAACUGUUAGUCAAGGAGGCCGGUUUCCCGACAACUCGGAGGAAGAGGCGCUCAAACUUUACAAGGCGGCCGUCCGAAUGGGUUUGGAGUACAUAGAUCUCGAGAUUGCAUACUCUGAUGAACUCCUCGAGGAGAUCACCAGCGCAAAGGGAUUCUCAAAGAUCAUUACUUCGCAUCACGAUCCUCGUGGUCAGCUUUCCUGGAAGACUGGAAGCUGGGUGCAACACUACAACCGAGCUUUGCAAUACGGUGAUGUGAUCAAGUUAGUUGGAUCUGCCAAGUCAAUGGUGGAUAACUUCGACCUUGUUCAUUUCAAAUCUAUAAUGGCGAAAGCACAUAACGUUCCUCUGAUCGCUAUCAACAUGGGUUCUCAGGGUAAGCUUAGUCGGGUAUUGAAUGGCUUCAUGACACCAGUGUCGCAUCCGGCCCUACCAUUCAAGGCUGCUCCUGGUCAGUUGUCGGCAGCUGAGAUUCGCCAGAGUUUGUCGUUACUCGGUGAAAUUGAACCCAAGUCGUUCUACCUGUUUGGCACACCCAUUGCUGCCUCGAGGUCGCCUGCACUACACAAUACCCUAUUCAAGCAAACCGGACUGCCCCAUGAAUACUAUCGUUUGGAGACAGAUCAAGCAAAAGAGGUUGAAAAGGUAAUUCGCGCGUCAGACUUUGGCGGAGCUUCAGUCACAAUCCCACUCAAGCUUGAUAUUAUCCCUUUGCUUGAUGAUGUUACUCGAGCUGCGACAAUAAUUGGAGCAGUUAACACCAUUAUUCCAGUACCACAAGAUGACGGAUCAGUCCGUCUCAUUGGUGAAAAUACAGAUUGGCUUGGAAUGACCCAUUCUCUCAUCUCGAGAAACUACUCCACCGUUUCCUCCGGCUCCCCAGGGAGUGCCCUCAUCAUCGGCGCUGGGGGUACCGCCCGAGCUGCCAUCUACGCCCUACAAUCCCUCGGCCACAGCCCCAUCUAUAUCGUUUCCCGCACGCCCUCCAAACUCACCGCUUUGAUAUCCAGCUUCCCAUCGGAGUUCAAUAUCGUCCCUCUCACUCACACCUCCGAGGCCGAGAAUCUAUCCGAUGUUCCUCGUGUAGCUAUCGGCACGAUUCCUGCUGAUCAGGCUAUUGAAUCGAAUAUCCGUGAGAUUUUAGCAGUCAUCUUGAGACAUCCCAAGGCCAAUACGAAGGCUCAGUGGACGUUGCUGGAGAUGGCUUAUAAACCUAGUGUCACGGCUUUGAUGCAGAUGGCUAGUGAUGCUGGGUGGGUUGGUAUUCCAGGACUGGAGGUCUUGAGCGCGCAGGGAUGGUACCAGGUAUGUCAAAUUGCCCCAGUGAAUGGGAAUAUCUGGAUAAGAAGCUAACUGUUCAAUAGUUCCAGAAAUGGACUGGUAUUAGACCCCUUUACAAUGAUGCCAGGGCUGCAGUCAUGGGUGACGCUCCUUGAUGAGCGAGAGUGGACUUUGCUUUGCUUGAAGGUUCAAAAGGUGUCAAAAAAAAGCGACAUUAUAGGACUAGGUAGACCAAAACUUCUUUGCAAAAAAUGAGCGUUUUUGUAGAGCGGGUUUAUGAAUAAAAUUAC